UCCAGCAAGAGAGGCGUGAAUGCUACUCCUGGGAUACCAGGGGCUCCGAGUGCCCCGCACUCCCUGCACCUCAAUACUCCCCACUCCCCACCCAGGGGGUGGCUCCGCAGGACUCAGUCUGCCGCACAGGCAAAUCAAAGCUGUUUGCAAACAAGCGUCCUCUGCCUCCCUCCGGGAUGUGCACGCAGGGCCCUAGGAAGGAAGGCACGCUCGGCCCCGCCCGGGACAAACGCGAAGGGCACCGGUGCGGCCGCCAGCCCGAUCUUCACGUACCCGGCCGCGCCGGAACCCAGGCCCGGCUAAGGGCUUCCCGGCUUCCCGGCGGCUCGGGGCCUAGUCGCCCCCCGCACGCCUUCAGUCUCCCGGGGACCCACGGAGAAAGGGCCGAGGCCCCAGAGCUCCGGAGUGCCCGCGGCGGCCGCAGUGGCAGGACGCUCCGUCCGCCCGGCCCGAGAGCUGGCGCCGGGACCCCUGGGCGGCGCAAUCAGGCGAGCCCAGGACCGCGGCGCGCCACACUCACCGCUUCUCCAUGGCCCGGGGGUCGUCACUCAGCCGACAGCCUCCUCCUCCUCGGCCGGGCUCCGCCGCGAAGCCUCGCACUCCCGAGGGGGCCGCGGUCUCAGCGGCCGGGGCUGAGGCCCUGCGCCCCUCCAGCCGCCUCAGCCACGCGGGUCCCGGGAAGCGCGGCCGGGGGCGCAGCUCACGGCGGGACGACUCGGCUGCAGGCGGACGGACUGGCUCGGCGAAGCCUCGGGCGCCGCGGUGGCCGCUUCAGCCGCCCGCGCCGCUGGGCCACAGCGCCCCCUGGACCCCACGUCCCGCUACGGCGCCGGGACUGCGGCUGCCGCACCGGGCACGAGCGGCAGGGAACGCGAGGCAGCGCGGACUGGGGGUGGCGGGGCCCCGUGCGCCCUGCGCUGCCCGCCCGCGGCCCGCGGCCCGCCCCUGACGCGGCUUCCCGGGAGCCGGAAGCUGUCGGCUCCCCCCCACCCCAUCCCCGUCAGACCCCAGCACCUUUUUCUUCCCUCCGGAAGGUAUGUGAAUGCUUUCGUCACUCGGAUCCGAGAGCGGGAAUGUGAGGGAAGCUGGGUUCAUUUCUCGUGGAGACAGGGGGUCCCUUUUAAUCCCCUCAGUGCUCCAGUAUGAAAGGAGAGUGACCCAGAACAAAUCUCUUAUUUUUUCUUUUCCUAAGCAUAUGCACAAUCCCUUCCCAAAACAGAUAAAGGAAUAAUCUUUGACCUCAACUUUUUGGAGCUACUGUGCAGAUUCACUACAGAAAUUUGCUACAGAAUCCCUUAACCCCUAACCUUACCUACAAAACAGGGAGGAGGGACACACACACACACACACACACACACACACACACACACACCGCUGAAAAAGAGAAGAGAAUAACCAACGGGUUGUCCUGAAAUUGAUAAACAACUUAAAGGCUGAGGCAAAGGGAUCACUAUUAUCCAGGAGUUGGGAGCCACCAUACCAACAGUCUCAUCUCAAAUUUUUAAAUGAUAGAGGAAGAUAUCCAAGGACAUCAUCAUUCACCAGGUGCCUAAUCCAAAUUCUGGGUAUCAUGUUUAAUUGUUAGCACUCACUACUGGACAGUUAGUCACAAAGCCUAACAAUUCUACUUCUUGUUUUUUUUUUAAAUUAUCUUCCUCCCUUCACACACCUACCUGCACACAGAGUUACAAACAUUUUGAUCUAGGAUAUUUGAAUAAAUUGUAAGUUUACAGAAGGGAAAGUGGAAGAGAGAAAAAUAAAUAAAUUUUAUAUUUGUGUACAAGAAUAUAUACUGUAUAAAUUUUGUUGAAAGAGAAACAUAAAAAUCUUAUCUGUGUCCUUUUUAACCCUGUACUUUCCCAGCUUAUAAGUCUUUAUCAGUACAAGGUCAAUACAUAUAUCCUUAUAUGUCUCCCUUAUCAGAGUGUGAGCUUGUGGGCCAGAUGCAGUGUUUUAAUCAUCUCUGUAUCACUAGAACUGGUCUUAGCAUGGCUACUCUUAAGCUGAACUAGAUAGCUUACAUCUUACCUGCUCAGUGACUUUUUAAGGCUUGUUUUCAAUUUUCAGGACCUAAAAUAAGAAUUCCCCGUGGCUAGCAAGAUGGCUC